AUGACAGUGGUGAUGGUGGCAGCGGCGGCUGUUGCCUUGACCUUCUUCAAGCUGUCCUUUGCGCCCUCCUACCGAUCGACAGACUUUGAGGUGCACCGAAACUGGCUGGCCAUCACAUGGCAGCUGCCAAUCUCGCAGUGGUAUACCGAGGCCACGUCGCAAUGGACGUUGGAUUACCCGCCAUUCUUUGCAUGGUUUGAAUAUACGCUAGCACAUGUGGCGCAGUUCUUCGAUGACAACAUGCUGCAUGUUGAAAACCUCGAGUAUGCAUCCGAGAACACCAUUCUCUUCCAACGGCUCUCCGUCAUUGCAGCAGACGUCGUCCUCAUCAUCGGCACAAUCAUCACGAAGGUGGGCCGUGGCAGUGGAGGUGGUGCUGUCGACAGCAGUCGGGCGACAGUGGCGUCGCAGCUUGCCAUUCUGUGCAGCUUUGGCCUUUUGCUUGUGGACCACAUCCAUUUCCAGUACAACGGCUUUCUCUUUGGCAUCCUCCUCAUCGCCCUCGCAGCCAUGGCCCAGGGCCACCACGUGUGGGGAGCAGUGGCGUUUGCUGCGCUCUUGAACUUCAAGCACAUCUACGUCUAUGUUGCGCCAGCCAUCUUUGUCUUUCUUCUGCGCAAUUACUGCUUCCACAACACUCUUUCCUUGCGAUCGUUUUCCAUGUGGCGAUUUCUGCAGCUGGGCGCGGUUGUGCUGCUCGUGUUUGCGCUCUCCUUUGGCCCCUUCGUCUACAUGGGCCAGUUGCCCCAGGUGCUGUCACGCCUGUUCCCCUUCAAGCGUGGUCUCUGCCACGCAUAUUGGGCCGCAAACACCUGGGCGCUCUACAACGCCCUCGAUAAGGCCCUCCUCUUCGGUGCACGCAAGUACGGCUUCGUCAGCGUAGAUGAACACACGCCCGCAGCCUUCACCGGCGGCCUGGGUGCGCUCACAUGUGUGUGUGCGUGUCCGUGUUUGGUGUCGCUGUUUUCGCGGCCAACAAACCGCUCGCGCUUGUACGAGGCCGUGGCGCUGUGUGGACUUGCAAGUUUUCUCUUUGGCUCGCGACUGCCGUUUCUGCCGCUGCUGCUGACCUCCGUCUACUGUGCUCUCGGUGUCGUGUAUUCGUUUCUGCGCAUGUACGCGCACUUCUUGCACACACCCGCACACGCAAGCGCAAAAAAGUCCCAAUAGCAAGCAUGUGUGCCUGUGUGUGUGUGUGUGCGUGUGUGUGUGUGUGUGUGUGUGUGUGUGUGUGUGUGUGUGCCACUUUCAAUGCAUCCACGUGUACAAACGACCUUUUACUGCUAAUGGGUGGAUCGGUUAUUGCAAGUGUCACCAUCAACGUGUUCGUAUCAUGCCAGCCAACAGCCAAUGAUAAACAAACGCCACAAUGAAUAGCGUCGAGUGCAUUUGCCUGACAUGAGAUAUUACACUCUCCUUGACACCUCAAUCUCAACACUCGUCGCAGGGG